AUGGUUGAAAGCUUUAUUGAUAUUCCAGAUGACUACUGCUGCCCUAUAACAGGAGAUCUAAUGGAAGACCCUGUUGUUGCACCAGAUGGGCAAAGCUAUGAUAGAGCAUCUAUUACAGCCUGAUUCCAGCGUAAUAAAACAAGCCCUUUAACAGGGGCUACUUUAAAAAACACAUUCCUGAUUGAGAAUCAUCGCUUAAAAUCAAUAAUCAGCAGUUUUAAAGAGAAAAUGCCUGAAAUUCAGCGGGAGUGCCAAAUUAAACGAGAUUUAUUAGAAGCAAUAAAAAGCAGAGAAGCAUUCGUAGAAGACCGCUUGAAAAAAGAAGAAGAAAAAUACGUAAUGGUCAAUAAACAGUAUAAUGUUGAAAAAGAAAAAAAUUUGUCAUUAGAAAAUGAGCUAGCCUCAUGCAAAGAAGAAAUUUUGCUCCUACGAAAACAAUUAAAUGAAUCAAGAGCUGCAAAUAAAACUAAAGAUGAAGAAAUCAAAAAAUUAAAAGAAAAGCUGCCAAAAGCUCAGAAUACUUUAGAGGAAAAUAAAGCUGAGGGCGGCCAAAGAAUUAAACCAAUUCCAUUUAUUAUACCUAAAUCAAUAAGAAAUGAUAACCAAGCUAAAAUUCCUUUGGCUGCCCAAGUAGAUAUUCAAACUUCUAACCAACCAAAAGAGCAAAUUGCAAUUUGAAUAUGUCAUUGUGGCAAUGGUAACGACAUUGGCUGAGAUAUAUGCGCAUCUUGCUAUUCCAAAAAGCCUGGGCUAAGUGGAUGGGUCUGCCAAAUCUGCAAAUAUAAAAAUGAUGACAAUAUAAAAGUUUGCAUUAUUUGUAAUACAAAAUCGCCAUAG